AUGGAGCUGAAGAGCUACUCUCUUUCCACCGGGUGGUCGUUUCGGGACCAGGCCACAGAAGAUUGGAUGCCCGUAUCGACGGUGCCCUCCGUCGUGCAACAGGAUCUGCUCGAUAACGACAAACUUGAAGACCCAUUUGCUGAGCUGAACGAGCUCAAAGCACGCUGGGUCAACCAAAAGUCAUGGGUAUACCGCACUACGUUUGCAAAACCGACCGUCCCCCAACAUGCCGCGAUUGACUUGAUCUUUGAUGGCUUGGACACAUUUGCCACCGUUAAACUGGAUGGUAAAGUAAUCCUCCAGUCUGACAACAUGUUCCUGGGUCAUCGAGUCAACGUCACGGAGGCAAUGCAAGCAGAGGGCGAGCAUACACUGGAGAUUGAAUUCGACUGUGCCGAACUCAAGGCUCGUGAACUUCGUAGCCAGGACGAAUCCCACAAAUGGGUAGGGUUCAACGGAGACAUGUCUCGUCUGGCAGUCAGAAAAGCGCAAUACCAUUGGGGCUGGGACUGGGGACCAGUGCUGAUGACGGCGGGCAUUUGGCGUCCGGUGCGACUAGAAGUUUAUACCGCACGCGUGGCUGACCUGUGGCCUCAAGCAAAACUCUCCUCGAAUAAAGAGACCGCUGAGGUUGUUGCAACGAUUAAGGUCGAAACACCGGAUGUGGAAGAAUACACAGCUCGCUUUAGUCUAUGUCUACAAGGGAACGAAAUUGCUCGCCAAGAAAUCCCGGUGGCCAGUGGGCAAAACACCCAAGUUGCAUUUCGUGUGAAUCGACCUGAACUUUGGUGGCCCCACGGAUAUGGUAAUCAAACUAUGUACGAGGUAUCCGUGGUGCUACUUCACGGAGAAGAGACCGUGGAUCAAACAUCCAAGAGAUUCGGAAUCCGAACUGCGGAAGUCAUCCAAAAGCCGGACAAACAUGGGAAAUCCUUCUUCUUCCGCAUCAAUGGAAUGGAUAUCUUCUGUGGAGGCUCCUGUUGGAUACCUGCAGACAGUCUUUUGACAAAUAUCACUCCUCAACGGUACCGCAAGUGGAUUGAGCUAAUGGUGGAGGGUCGACAAGUGAUGAUCCGAGUAUGGGGUGGUGGUAUUUACGAAGAUUCUGCGUUUUAUGAAGCUUGCGACGAGCUGGGAGUGCUGGUAUGGCAAGACUUUAUGUUUGGGUGUGGCAACUAUCCCACAUGGCCAUCCCUACUUGAAUCUGUGCGCCAAGAAGCCGUAUAUAAUAUCCAGCGAUUACGCCACCAUCCGUCUAUUGUUAUCUACGUCGGUAACAACGAAGACUAUCAAGUACAAGAGUCAGUUGGUUUGACUUAUGAUUUCGAAGACAAAGAUCCAGAAAGUUGGCUUAAAUCAGACUUCCCCGCACGGUACAUCUACGAGAAGCUCCUCCCGGAGGUGACUUCGGAGCAUUGUCCAGGGACCUUCUAUCAUCCAGGCAGUCCGUGGGGUGAUGGCAAAAUAUCAUCAGAUCCCACAGUAGGCGAUAUGCAUCAAUGGAACGUAUGGCAUGGGACCCAGGAAAAAUACCAGAUUUUUGAGACUUUGGGUGGCCGGUUCAACAGCGAAUUUGGCAUGGAGGCAUUCCCACACAUGGAGACAAUCAAAUCAUUUUCUCGAAAUCCAAAGGAUCACCAUCCCCAAUCUCAGGUCAUGGACUUUCACAACAAGGCGGAUGGCCACGAGCGGCGGAUAGCCACCUAUUUGGUAGAAAAUUUCCGUUUUCCACAUGGUGGAAGUCUUGAGGCAUAUAUUUACCAAACUCAAGCCGUACAGGCUGAGACGAUGAUGUUUGGGUAUCGUGGUUGGCGGCGUCAGUGGGGCGAUGAACGACACUGUGGAGGAGCCCUUCUCUGGCAGCUCAACGAUUGCUGGCCGACAAUUUCCUGGGCCAUCGUCGAUUAUUUCCUCAGACCGAAACCUGCAUAUUAUGCGGUCAAGAGGGUGCUCAAUCCUAUUGCUGUGGGUGUGCAGCGCGAGCAUCAUGACUGGAGUGUGGUUCAUGCUCAGCCAGCACUCACUAGUCAGUAUCAGUUAUGGGUUGUCAGUAAUAAGCCAGAGGAUCUCCAUGGGACAGUGGAGCUGCGAUUCAUUUCCAUUGAAACCGGGAAAGAGAUACGCCCUCCGGUGGUCCGCGAAAAUGUUGUCAUUGCAGGGAAUGGCACUACCAAUAUCAUCACUGACGGACUCAUCGACCAUGUUGCAGAGCCGGACCCUCAUGUGCUGGCUGCACGAGUGUGGGUGAACAACGAACUAGUAGCCCGGGACGUCGACUGGCCACAGCCUUUCAAAUACAUAGAUCUCCCGACACCACUCAUUGAGAUCAAACCCUUGAGCUCGGUUACCACUACAGAUGAUAUUCGGACUGUGACGAUUGCCGCCCUGAAACCUGUCAAAUGCCUUGUUUUCGAGGAGCGAGACGGAAUCAAAUAUAGUGACAACGCGCUGGAUAUUGUCCCCGGUGAUGUGCAACAGGUGAAUAUCUCGGGAUUGUCGAACAUCUCAAGCCUGACAUACAGAUUUUUGGGACACGAGGAAUCUGCUCAGAGUGUGGCCAUUUAG